CCUGCUUGGGAGUCUCUGCCCCUCCCCUGCUCACACUCUGUCUCUCUCAAAAUAAAUAUAUUUGGAUUUUUAAAAAUUUAUUUAAGUGCUCCAUGAUUAAUUUUACUUACAGGAAUUACAUCUUAGAGACAUACUCAUGUAAGUAUGCAUUUGUACGGGGUUAUUUUUGCAUUAUUUGUAAUAACAAAAUAGUGAAACAGCCUAAAUGUCUGUCAACAGGGGACUGAUUAAAUAAACUGUGGCAUGAUUUGCAAUCAUUCAAAUGCAGCCAUUGGAAAGAGUGAAGUAGUUCUAUGUGUACUGAUAGAGAAUGAUUCAAAAAGUAUUUAGAUUUCAUAUAUAUGAAAAAAGUGUACAGAACAUUGUAUAUUGCUACCAUUUGAGGAAGAACAUAUAAGCAUAUUUGCUUAUAAAUGUAUAAAAUAUCUCUGGAGGAACACAUGGAUAUCCAUGGAUAUUUCUGAAUGGAGGCACCAGAAGGCUGCAAAACAGGGAUACGAGGAAACACUUCAUUCAUAUUGGGGUUUGUCUGCUACUGUUUGAAUUUUGGAAUAUGACUAUAUUAUCCACCCAAAAGCAUUUUUUAAUAAUAUGAACAUGACAGGAAUGUUCAUUGUGAAAUUAUUCCCGAGUGAAAUGCUCAAAAUACCCUAAAUACCCAUCAGUAGGAGAAUGUGUAAAUUAUGGUCAAAUCAUACAGUGUCCUUCAUGAGCACAGUUAAAAUAAGUUAAUUAAGCUUUUCAUGUCAACAUAGAUAAAUCUCAAGUUUGUAAUGUUAUGUGAGAAGCUUAAGUUAACUUUACUUAAGUAACUUAAGUUACACCCCAGCAUGAUCCCAUCAAUAUACAAAGUUUGAAAAUACAGUAAAGAGUGCUUUUUGUAACGAUGAUGUUUUAUACUUUAAAAGAGAAAUCUGAUGUAAGUAUGGCACUAAAUCUUAUAAAUCCAUUGAGCUAAGUAGGCAGUUUCCAUAAUGGUAUAUUGGCCCAGUCCUGCUUGUCUCAUGGGGACCCAGAGCAACCCUAAAUCCUCCUCCAGGAACCAGAAUGCUCCUCAAAUGAAAAGUAUUCCUCUCAGUGGCCAGCAGGGUUUCCCUUGUCUGUAUCUGAAUCUUCUUGUCUUCCAGGGAUGUUGGUGGUAAAUGUAACAUGGAGGAACAAGACCUAUGUAGGCACACUUCUUGACUGCACGCGGCAUGAUUGGGCACCCCCCAGGUUCUGUGACUCCCCCACCAGUGACUUGGAAAUGCGCAACGGCCGGGGUAGAGGCAAACGCAUGCGUCCCAACAGUAACACACCUGUCAAUGAGACAGCCACUGCCUCUGACAGCAAAGGGACCAGCAGCAGCAGCAAAACCCGAGCAGGAGCCAAUAGCAAAGGCCGUCGGGGCAGCCAAAAUUCUUCAGAGCAUCGCCCACCUGCCAGUAGCACCUCUGAGGAUGUCAAGGCCAGCCCUUCCUCAGCUAAUAAGCGGAAAAACAAACCGCUUUCAGACAUGGAGCUGAAUUCCAGCUCAGAGGACUCCAAAGGGAGCAAGCGUGUCCGUACGAAUUCCAUGGGCUCAGCCACUGGUCCCCUCCCUGGGACCAAGGUUGAACCCACUGUUCUAGACAGAAAUUGUCCCUCCCCAGUCCUGAUUGACUGUCCCCACCCAAACUGCAACAAAAAGUAUAAGCACAUCAAUGGACUGAAGUACCACCAAGCUCAUGCCCACACAGACGAUGACAGCAAGCCGGAAGCAGAUGGAGACAGUGAAUAUGGAGAGGAGCCCACCCUCCAUGCAGACCUUGGGAGCUGCAAUGGUGCAUCCGUCUCACAGAAAGGUUCCUUGUCCCCUGCCCGUUCAGCUACCCCCAAAGUUCGGCUCGUAGAGCCCCACAGCCCUUCUCCUUCAAGCAAAUUCAGCACAAAAGGCCUCUGUAAGAAAAAGCUUAGUGGGGAAGGGGACACAGACCUUGGGGCCUUAUCUAAUGAUGGCUCUGAUGAUGGACCCUCAGUAAUGGAUGAAACAAGCAAUGAUGCCUUUGAUUCUUUAGAAAGGAAGUGUAUGGAAAAAGAAAAAUGUAAAAAACCCUCUAGUUUGAAGCCUGAAAAGAUUCCUUCCAAAAGCUUAAAGUCAGCGCGGCCUAUUGCCCCUGCCAUCCCUCCACAGCAAAUCUACACCUUCCAGACAGCCACCUUCACAGCAGCAAGCCCAGGCUCCUCCUCAGGCUUGACCACCACAGUGGUCCAAGCCAUGCCCAACAGUCCUCAACUCAAGCCUAUUCAGCCCAAGCCCACUGUGAUGGGAGAACCUUUCACAGUCAACCCUGCCUUGACCCCAGCCAAGGACAAGAAAAAGAAAGACAAAAAAAAGAAGGAGUCCUCAAAGGAACUCGAAAGUCCUCUGACCCCUGGGAAGGUGUGUCGAGCAGAAGAAGGCAAAAGCCCGUUCAGGGACUCCUCGGGAGAUGGGAUGAAAAUGGAGGGGCUCCUGAAUGGCUCAUCAGACCCCCACCAGAGCCGACUGGCUAGCAUCAAGGCAGAAGCUGACAAGAUCUACAGCUUCACGGACAAUGCCCCCAGCCCUUCAAUUGGAGGCAGCAGCCGCAUAGACAGCACUACUCCUACCCAGCCCCUGACUCCCUUACAUGUAGUGACCCAGAACGGAGCCGAAGCCAACUCGGUCAAAACCAACAGCCCUGCAUACUCCGACAUAUCUGAUGCUGGGGAGGAUGGGGAGGGCAAAGUGGACAGCGUCAAAUCAAAGGACCCUGAACACUUGGUUAAGGAAGGGGCUAAGAAAACUCUUUUUCCCCCUCAGCCACAGAGCAAAGACUCGCCGUAUUAUCAAGGCUUUGAGAGUUACUACUCUCCGAGUUAUGCACAGUCUAGCCCGGGGGCUCUGAACCCCAGCAGCCAGGCAGGAGUGGAGAGCCAAGCUCUGAAGACAAAAAAGGAUGAGGAGCCUGAGAGCAUAGAGGGGAAAGCGAAGAACGAUGUCUGUGACGAGAAGAAACCAGAGCUGAGCAGCUCCAGUCAGCAGCCUUCCGUCAUCCAGCAGCGUCCCAACAUGUACAUGCAGUCUCUGUACUACAACCAGUAUGCCUACGUGCCCCCGUAUGGCUACAGCGACCAGAGUUACCACACCCACCUCCUGAGCACUAACACAGCCUACCGGCAGCAAUAUGAGGAACAGCAGAAACGGCAGAGCUUGGAGCAGCAGCAGCGGGGACUGGACAAGAAGGUGGAGUUGGGCCUAAAGGAGCGGGAGGCGGCACUCAAGGAAGAAUGGAAGCAAAAGCCGUCGAUUCCCCCAACUCUCACCAAGGCGCCCAGCCUGACAGACCUGGUCAAGUCAGGACCCGGGAAGGCCAAGGAGCCAGGGGCUGACCCUGCCAAAUCAGUCAUUAUUCCCAAAUUAGACGACUCCUCCAAACUGCCCAGCCAGGCCCCGGAAGGACUUAAAGUGAAGCUGAGUGAGGCCAGCCACCUAGGCAAGGAGGCCUCUGAGGCUAAGACAGGCGCUGAGUGUGGCCGACAGGCAGAGGUGGAUCCAAUACUCUGGUACCGACAGGAAGCAGAGCCCCGGAUGUGGACGUAUGUCUAUCCUGCCAAGUACUCGGACAUCAAGUCAGAGGAUGAGCGGUGGAAAGAGGAGCGGGACCGCAAAUUGAAGGAAGAAAGGAAUCGGAGUAAGGACUCUGCCCCCAAGGAGGAUGGGAAGGAAAGCACAAGUAGUGACUGCAAGCUGCCCACGUCUGAGGAAUCCCGCCUCGGGAGCAAGGAGCCCCGGCCAAGUGUCCAUGUGCCUGUGUCCUCCCCCCUCACCCAGCACCAGUCCUACAUCCCUUACAUGCACGGCUACUCCUAUAGCCAGUCCUAUGACCCCAACCACCCCAGCUACCGGGGCAUGCCUGCUGUGAUGAUGCAGAACUACCCAGGUUCCUACCUACCUUCCAGCUACUCUUUCUCCCCAUAUGGCAGCAAAGUCUCAGGGGGUGAAGAUGCUGACAAGGCACGAGCCAGCCCCAGUGUCAGUUGUAAAUCCAGCUCAGAGUCCAAAGCCCUGGACAUCUUGCAGCAGCACGCCAGUCACUACAAGAGCAAGUCUCCCACGGUGAGUGGCACUGGCUGCUCCCAGAACCCAGGAAGGCCAUAUCCAGGCUCUGGGAGAAGGUGGGCAAGCGCAGGUCUUAACUACAGUGCAGCCUGGCUGACUUUGACACUGGCGUCACCAGGCAACUCCAUGAUUCUUAGGUGUCCUGUGUUUGUAAGGAGUCAUAGUGUGGGCUCAGAGCAUCUUGCUGUCGUGUGUGUGUCUCACAACAGUGCUUUGUGUCUGCUUUUUUUUUUUCAGAUAAGUUAUAAAACGUCUCAGGAGAGAGAUCGGGGAGGC